AAGUAGGCUCCAGACUUUCAGUUGAUUGAGUUUCAGUUGUAGGUAGUUUCUGUUCAGUUGCAAAACACGAUUAGUUUCGUGUAAAUAUGUUGGCCAUAAGAAAUAUUAGAAGAUUCGUCUGUUUAAGAACGAAAGAAAUUGAAAUCAGAAAUCAGAAAAGGAGGACUGUUAUGCAAUCUGUUUCUGACAAAACCAAUAAGCCGCCGGAAGAUCCCAAUGUACCGUUGAGCUUUUCAAAGUCAAAGGCUGCUAAGUGGUCUGCUAAGGAUUCAUUUAGUGGGCGAAAUAUUUCUGAUGAUUCACCAUGGUAUCAGCCCUUUGUCAUUUCAGCUAGCAUUGCAGCCAUAUUGCUAUGGUAUUGUGUCCUGAGAGAAGAAAAUGAUGUUGAUAAAGAACUUGGUAAAACUUUGUACGGAAGAGUUGAUGGCAUGGAAAGAAAACAACUGGAACUGGCAUUGAAGUACAAUAAUCCAGGAGUGGACACAGUAGCAAUCAGGAAAAGACUUGAUGAGUUGGAUUCCAAUGGUUAACUUUAUGUAGUCAAUAUAAAUUAGUGAAAUUUGAAUACAUUAAGAGCAAAAAUUAAAA